AACACAUUGUACGUGAUAGGUUAAGGGGCUAAUGCCUUCCAGAAACUUUACACGUCCUUCUGGUUCCUGAGACUCUGAGGCUCAGAGUUGAUUCUGUAAAACAAACAGCACGAGGAGACCAAACUGCAGCAGCUGCUCAGGUGAUACACACCUCUCUGCCAACGAGUGCAGACUAUACGGACAGUUCCUCUGGGUCCAAAUACCUGCAGCCGGUCAGGUGAUACACACCUCUCUGCCAACGAGUGCAGACCAUACGGACAGUUCCUCUGGGUCCAAAUACCUGCAGCCGGUCACGUGAUACACAUUCCUCUCCUAAGCCUGCUGCAGUGCACUUCCUGUCUGUAGGCUGUAAUAAGGCCUGACUCCUCCUCAGAGCAAAGUCCUCCUGCUGAACACGAGGAGAAGGAGAGGAAGGAGAGGAGAGGGAGAGGAGAAGGAGAGGAAGAGGAGGAAGAUGAAGAUGGGAGCUCGGGAUCAGGAGGAAGAAGCUGCUGCUCCGACAGAAACCAAGAAGAAGAAGCAGACGUCUAAAGAAGUUUGUUUCUCCGUCCUGCCCGACAGAUACGAGCCUCUGAUCGAGGAGGAAGAGGAGGAAACACAGGAGGAGAGGAGGAAGAGGAAGGAGGAGAAGAAGAGGAGGAAGACCAAGAGGUACAAGAAGAUCAGGAAGAACGUGGGGAAGGCGCUGCGUCUGAGCUGGCGCUGUUUGAUGCUCGGUCUGCAGAACAUGGCGGCCGUUUACUCCACUCCGUCCUCCGCUCUGUCCACUAUGGUGAGCGAGGUCCAGAGGAGCAAAGCAUGAUGGGACAUGGAGUCCCCUGAGCACGGACCUGUAGGUCCUUCUGUGGCCUGUGUGUGGAGAUUCUUCCUAAUGUGGACGACCUGGACGUCUUUGAUACACUGAGCCUGGCACAUGUUAGCAUAUGUUAGCAUACAGCGGUACUGUAUUUGUAUGUACAUGUUCUCGAGGAAAACAUAUUUUAUGACUUGUCACAAACAGGGGCGCCGCCAGGUAUUUUGGACCCCAUGAAAAGAUAUCACAUUG